AUGGAUAACGUAGUCAAUGGGAAGAAGCGACUUCACGUCGUGAUCGUCGGAAGCGGUUGGGCCGGCUACACCCUUUGUGCCGACCUGGACCUAACCAGACACCAAGUCACGGUGGUGUCUCCCGAACCGACUAGCACAUACACCCCCCUUCUAGCAAGCGCCGUUUGCGGUCUUUUCGACUUUCGAAUCACUGAAGAACCUAUUCGAAGGAAGAGUCGACCAGUCACAUUGUACCAGGCCACGGUAGAGAAUGUCGAUUGGAGCUCCAAGACACUUCACUGCACCUCGCAAAUCGCGUCUUUCGACAACGUCACCUUCGAAAUCAACUACGAUGUAGUUGUCUUCGCCCAAGGUUGCAAAGGCAACACUUUCGGUAUCCCUGGUGUGGAAGAACACUCGUUGAAGGUGCGCACCACGAAAGAUGCAGUCGUUUUGCGACAGAAGAUUUCUGAUGCGAUCGAGCUGGCAAAUCUACCGACAACGUCGCCUGAACGUUGCCGCGAUCUCUUACACAUUGCGAUCGUGGGUGGUGGAGCCACGGGCGUGGAGAUCGCAGCAGAGGUUUCUGACACGGUGGACAGAGAUCUUAAACCGCUUUAUCCCAACCUCAAGGAUUACUUUUCGAUCUCUAUCUACGAUGUGGCCCCCAAUAUCCUGGCCAUGUUUGAUAAGGAUCUGUCCACAUACGCGAUGGAGUCCUUUCGACACCGUGGCGUGGAGAUUGCUACUGGAACACAAAUCCGAUCUGUUAACGAGGGACGCUUGACAACAGAGCAAGGCACCGAAAUCGGCUUUGGUGUGCUGAUUUGGGCGACCGGGAAUGCAGCUGUGCCACUCACAUCCAAGCUUGACUGCAAGAAAACGACUCGUGGUUUGGUUCGUAUUCUCACGGACGCCCAUCUGCGCGUUCUUGACAGCGAGGGACUGCCGAUCCCAGGAGUCUAUGCCAUCGGCGAUGCGGCUGACAUCGAAGGCACUUCCUUGCCUACCACCGCAGAGGUCGCAGUGCAAAAAGCCAAGUACCUUGGUAAAGCUUUGUCUGACUCGACGGGAUCCAAAUCUGCGAAGCCCUUUCGAUUCAGCGAGAAGCGCAUGGUUGCUUAUCUGGGAGCAUCUCAGGGGAUCUGGAAACGAGACAAGGUAGAACGCAGGGGACGUCUUGCCUGGCUCGCUUGGAGGUCAACCAGCAUUUCUUGGACGCGGAACCCGAGGAAGAAAAUUCUGAUCCUGGUCAACUGGAUGCUGAACUACUUCUACGGCAAAGACAUCGCUCGCAACUAG